CGCGCGCCUAAAGCAAAGCCGCCUUUUGGGGAUCCCGCUCUUGGAGUGGAGGAGAGCAAAGCAAUCGGCGGGAUCCGGUCGGUGCUAUGAGUUGCAUGAUGAUGCCGAGAGUGCAGCCAGGAUCCCCGCAGAAGGCCCGCGGCCAGAUACAGGUCAUCUUUGGACCCAUGUUCUCUGGAAAAAGCACUGAAUUGAUGCGCCGAGUCCGUCGAUUUCAAAUUGCACAGUAUAAAUGUCUACUAAUCAAGUAUGCAAAAGAUACACGCUAUUGUGUCAAUGGAGUCUCCACACAUGACAGAAACACCAUGGAGGCCAUGUCAGCUUGUUCUCUCAAAGAUGUCCAGCAGGAGGCUCUGAAUUCUGCUGUGAUUGGCAUUGACGAAGGCCAGUUUUUUCCAGAUAUAGUUGAGUUUUGUGAGACAAUGGCCAACGCAGGGAAGACUGUCAUUGUGGCAGCCCUGGAUGGAACAUUUCAGAGGAAGGCUUUUGGGAACAUCUUGCAACUAGUCCCCUUAGCAGAGAGUGUCGUGAAACUUAACGCUGUUUGUAUGGAGUGUUAUCGUGAGGCCUCUUACACUAAAAGGUUGGGAACAGAGAAAGAGGUGGAAGUGAUAGGAGGGGAAGAUAAAUACCAUUCAGUAUGCCGGGUCUGCUAUUUCAAGAAUCGACAACAGUUGAUAUUGGAAAACAAAGAGAACCUACUAGGUGGGAAUAAGCCCAUGGAUAUUAGUGCCUCCAGGAAAGUCUUGGCUACCCGUCAGAUCAUGCAAUGGAGUCCAUCUAGUUGAACAAAGGAAGCAAGAGAUCUGAUUCCCAGGUGGAUUUAAAGAAACAUUUUCCUGUCCUUCCUUCUAGCUUUGUACUGCUAAGCUAAUGUCCCUCCAACACAUCAGAAAGAGUUGUUUUUAUAAGGAGCAACAAGGUUUGAGGACAUUAUAAAAUGCUAUGAAUAAGGAUGUUCUAUAUUGAGAAUUGCACUGGUUUUUUAGUCUCUAGAGGGAAGAUUUUGUAAUGCAUUUCCUCUUGCACAAAAUUUCCCCAAACCGUUUAAUUCAGAGUUUUAACGGUUGUAAUAGCUAAAGUAAAUUUACUAACAGCAAGUUGCACUAUGAAACUGGAACACCGUUUUUCUAAUUCCAUCAAAUUGGGGUUUGGAGGAAGGUGAAUUCUUACUCUAUUCAAUAGGUAAUUCAUUUAGAAUGAAACAGGCUUUUGGACUGUAAAGACUGAAUGGGGUAACUGAACAAAAUGUAUUUUUAUAUGGUGCUGCAUGUAUCUAAGUAAAGAUCUGGACUUACAAAGAAAAGCCCUUUUCCCAGCCCUUAUAAUUAAUUAAUAAAAGGCCUUCCUUUUAACCUUCCUGGAUAGAGACUUGACAUCUUACAUUAUCAACUUAAAUAUAUUCUAUUUUUGCUUGCUUAAUUUAUCAAACUGGCUACUAAUGUGUUAGUCGUUUUAAAUAUUAUAUUCCUGCUUUACACUUUCUAGCGUACUGUCUAGCAUUUUGUGAUGAGUAUCUGCAUUUCAUCUUUUUGAGUAAAUGUAAUCUUUUUAACACUGAAAACAUCCCCUGUGUCUUGCUUCUGUUGUCUUAGGAGCAGAAGU